GUCAUUUUCGGAUCCUUGUCCAGUUGAAACAUCUGCAGCAGGGGAGUCCGUGAGCAUUGUCUCUUCCGCUGUGAGCAUGGUGCGGACCAAGGCAAACUACGUCCCGGGAGCCUACAGAAAAGUGGUGGCUUCUCGAGCCCCCAGGAAGGUGCUUGGCUCUUCCACCUUUGUCACCAAUUCGUCCUCGUGUUCGUCAAGAAAAGCUGAACAUAAGUAUGCAGGAGGGAAUCCAGUUUGUGUGCGCCCAACUCCCAAGUGGCAAAAGGGCAUUGGAGAAUUCUUCAGGCUGUCCCCUAAAGAUUCUGAAAAAGAGAACAAGGUUCCUGAAGAAGCAGGAAGCAGUGGUUUAGGAAAAGCAAAGAGAAAAGCAUGUCCUUUGCAACCUGAUCACACAGAUGAUGAAAAUGAAUAGAACUUACUCAUCUGAAUAAUGUCUUCAGUUUACUUACGUAUUCUAGGAUGUAAAUUUGGAUAGAUGGGUUUGUUUAAUUGGUUUGCUGAAUAGGCAUUUAAAUUAAAAAACAAGGCUAAAAUUUGGCCAUUCAAAAGCAAUUGGCUAUGAAAUUGGAGAAUUUUUAUAAUCUGUAAAUUCUAAUUACAUACGUGAAUUUAUGUCAUAUGCUGUUUAUUUUACCUGUUAAGCUUCUUCCUAAAAUCUAUUACAAGAUGCUGUAAUUACUAAUCUACUGUCUGAGAUUUGCUUGGAUCUUUGUACUGAUGCCAUUUUAUGGGCAUUGAUUAUAGAAAUAGUGACGUACUGUAAUGGCUUGUUUGCUUUAAAAAGCUGACUUAGUCUUUUUCACAUUAAAAAAUUCAGUAUUAAUUAAA